GAGCUGAACUUGGGAGUUCGCCCGUCUCUCGCGUCAGUCCCUGCCAGUACUUCAGCCCUCAUCCCUACUAUUUUGUGCUUUUGCACCGAUCGCCUUUCGUCGCGGUUUUGCAAGACUACUGCUCCCGGAAUAUUUGCGGGCGUCCGCUAUUGGUUAAUCGUCUUCAUCUGUCAAGCGGUGUAGGCGGGACUCGACUCGCCGUAGCUCCCCAGAGGAAAGAGAGGCUAAAGCUGCACUUUUCUGUUCUGUUGGAAGAGCAUCUCUCUGGCGCUCGCUAACAGUUACACCUUGUCUCGGCAACGGGAUCACGGAGAACUGUGGGACUUGACUGCAGGAAACGCAGCCGUUCACGCGCGAGGAGCCUAUAUAAAUUGCACGCCUCACCUGGAUAAACCCGCCUUCAUACGGAGAGGAAAAAAGGAGAAGAAAGCUAUUUCGAGUGUCGCAGCACAGCGGGCUGAAGGAAGCGAGAAGAAUAUGAUUCUCAAGCAGUAUUUGUUCUUCGCCCUUUACUGCUUCUGCGGGAUCGUUCUAAAAGGGACGGCAACGAAAAAAGCGAGAGGUGCCCAGUCCCAGUUCCCCAUCACUCACAAUGUGACCGUGACGCAGGGAGGCACGGCCAACAUGACCUGCCGCGUGGAACACAAUGACAACACCUCCCUCCAGUGGUCGAACCCGGCACAGCAGACGCUGUUUUUCGGAGACAAGAAAGCUCUGAGGGACAACCGGAUCGAGCUGGUGCGGGCCUCCUGGCAGGAGCUGACCAUCAGCAUCAGCGAGGUGUCCCUAUCGGACGAGGGACAGUACACCUGCUCCCUCUUCACCAUGCCCGUCAAGACCACCAAGGCCUACCUCACCGUGCUGGGAGUUCCGGAGAAACCCGAAAUCGACGGGCUUCCGAAACCCGCCGUGGAGGGGGACGAGAUCACCCUCACCUGCGUCUCUUACGGGAGCAGGCCCGCCGCCGACAUCAGGUGGUUCCGCAACGAGAAGGAGGUCAAAGGUGCCAAGGAGGUGAAUGCCAGCGGGAAGACGUUCACGGUCAAGAGCUCCCUGCAGCUGCAGGUGGACCGCAACGACGACGGCGUGGCCUACACCUGCCAGGUGGACCACGUGUCGCUGGCCUCGUCCCCCAGGCAGGCCAUCGAGGUGCUGGAGGUCCACUAUGCACCUCGUGUGGAGAUCACGCCCUCCCUCACAUUCCCACAGGAAGGAGACUACCUGAAGCUGGACUGCGUAUCCAAAGGCAACCCCCUGCCGGAGCCGGUGCGGUGGACCAAGGACGGGGCGGAGCUCCCCUAUCCCGAUCGGAUGAUCGUGGAGGGGCGGGAGCUGACCAUCACGGCCCUCAACAAGACGGACAACGGCACGUACCGCUGCGAGGCCCACAACCUCCUGGGCGGCAGCAGCGCCGAUUACGUGCUCUACGUUUACGACGUCCCCACCACAAUGCCUCCAUCUCCAACUCCCCCCCCUCGACCCGUCCUCCCCGACACAACCGCUUUCUUAGACACCCGCGUCACCAAACCCACCGCCACCGGCAUUGAGAGAGAUCCCAAUGCCCUGGAGCAGAGCGGUCCAGACCACGCGCUGAUCGGGGGUGUCGUUGCCGUCGUCGUCUUCAUCACCUUGUGUUUGAUAAUUGUUUUGGGGCGAUACCUGGCACGGCACAAAGGUACGUACCUGACGAACGAGGCCAAAGGCGCGGACGACGCCCCUGACGCGGACACGGCCAUCAUCAACGCCGAGGGAAACCACGCGCACGCGGAGGAGAAGAAGGAGUACUUCAUUUAGACUCUGGGCCCCUCCCCCCCCCUCGGGCGCCUCCCUCUCGAUGACAGCGGCGGUCUCCGCGGAAACGCGGACCUGCUCCACCCCCCCCCCCCCCAAGUCGGCUUUUUUUUCCCCCCUC